AUGUUUGUGCUUGGCGAUCAGAUCGUCUACCAGGUAUGCUACAUGCUGAACUUCAUGCCGACCAUCAUGCUGCUGUCUCGGCUGUGCCCGCGCGGGUCGGAGAGCAUGGUGUACGCGCUCCUCGCCGGGUUUUCGAACUUCGGGCAGGUUGUGUCGAACACCAUCGGCUCACUGCUGAUGGAGCUCAAGUGGCCCGUGGAGUCGGACAUCGCAAAGGGCUGCGACUUCAGCAAUGUCAAGUGGCUGCUGCUGGUGGGACAUUUUAUCUGCCCGCUCAUCAACAUCCCGCUGGUGUUCCUCCUGAUUCCCGCUGCCCGCAUCUGCGAUACGAUUGACAUCGACGGCCGUGUCACUAAACCGGGAAAAGAGGCUGGCCAGCAGCAGCAGGAGGAGGAGGAACGAAGGUGA